AUGGCGAGGACAUCUCUUCCACCAGGAUUUCGUUUUCAUCCAACUGAUGAAGAGUUGAUUUUGUACUAUCUCAAGAGGAAGAUCAUGGGUAAAAAGUUUCACUUAGAAGCUAUUGCGGAGGUCAAUAUUUAUAGAUUCUCUCCUUGGGAUCUUCCAGAUAAAUCUUGCUUGAAAAGUAAGGAUCAAAAUUGGUUCUUUUUUUGUCCAAGAGAGAAGAAGUACGCAAGUGGAGCUCGGGUGAAGCGGGCUACUGAAAAUGGGUAUUGGAAAACUACAGGAAAAGACAGACCCGUGUAUCACAAUAAUAAAAAAGUUGGAACAAUAAAGACAUUGAUUUUUCAUUUAGGUCAUGCACCCCAAGGGGAAAGGACCAACUGGGUUUUACAUGAGUAUCACAUUCUCGAUUGCCAGUUAGCUGCAGCAGGGGUUCAGGAUACAUAUGUGCUGUGUAAAAUCUUCCAAAAGAAUGGUCUAGGCCCAAAGAAUGGUGCGCAAUAUGGGGCACCAUUUAAUGAAGCUGAUUGGGAAGAUGAUGACAUUGAUGAUGAUCAAAGCCAUGCUAUAACCUUUGCAUCUGAUGGUCCAUCAACAACUCUAUUGUCGAUUGAAGAGCAAAGCAGUCCUCCAGUAACUACUGGCUUGCUAGCUCCUGGAAAUAUGUCUGGAUUACCUUUGAUUGAAGGUCCAUCAGUUUCAACUGGUAACCUAGUUGGUGAGGUGUUAGUGAAUGAGACUGAUGAUGAGAUAGAUCGACUAUUGGCCCCAUUUACAGAUGAUGACUUGUUGCUUUUUCAUCAUUAUGGAGGUCCCCAGGAUGGACUUGGUGGAAAAGGGAUGAAGAGCUUACCUUGUUCUGAAGAAUUUGAUAUAUACAAUGGUCUUGGUGACCUGGAUAGUUCACUCCAGGUGGAUAAAGAUAUACCUGGUUUUUUGAGGAUGGAGAAUGAGAGAAGUUAUCCGGAAGACAACCUUUUCUUAGAUAGUUCGGCUUUCAUUGAGCUCGACGAUCUAUUGCCUCAAUUGGAUUGUCCGGGUGGAAUCCUUCUUCUUCACCAAAAUUACUGGUGA